AUGGCUACAAAAACCACUGUUCUCAUUACUGGUGCAAGUCGAGGUCUGGGCUACGGCCUCGCAGAAAGAUUCCUCGCGCGCCCCAACCACAUUGUCAUCGGUGCUAUGCGCAACCCUAGCACAGCAAGUGCGCUGAAAGCACUUCCCACUGGCGAAGGCAGCUCGUUGAUUGUUGUUAAAAUCGAUAGCGUCUCCGAAACCGACCCUACUACAGCUAUCGAGGAUAUCAAGAGCCAAGGGAUUACCGCUUUGGAUAUCGUUAUUGCGAAUGCGGGCAUCUCCCAAGUCUUCCCACAGGUUCACGAAGUCGAAAUCUCCAACCUGCUUGAGCACCUUCAGGUCAACGUCUUUGGCGUCAUUCUACUCUUCAAGGCCGUACGCCAACUGCUUCUGGCAGCUAAGGAGCCAAAGUUCGUAACGCUCGGAACUUCAGCGGCUAGCCUGAGCGAGAUGGCAAUCCGCAACUUCCCAAACUCUGUCUACGGGACAUCGAAGGUGGCGCUGAAUUAUAUCACUCUCAAAACUCAUUUCGAGAACCCCACAUUGACUGCUUUCCCAUUAGAUCCUGGCUGGGUCCAAACUGACAUGGGAAACACUGGAGCUCAAACUUUAGGUUUGGAGAAGGCCGAGGUCGAGGUCGAUGUCAGCGUCUCGGGAAUGAUCAAGGUGAUCGAUGCUGCAAACAGAGAGGACACGUCGGGCAAGUUCAUGUACUACGACGGGACCUCAAAGCCGUGGUGA